ACGCACCGGCAGUGGUGGCCUGCGGGCGGGGGGGAGGAGGGCUUUAGACAAGCCUACAUGGGGCAGGAAAUCAGGAAAUGGGCAGAGAAGAGGGACAAUGACAUGGAGAUUACGUGAUCAGUUAGCCCCCGCUGCUAGCUAGUCCCCCUUGCGUUUGAUGACGCUUCUCAUAACUUCCUGCUACACGCACACACAAACACACACACACACACACACACACACAGACACACACAAGCCCCGAAACAGGAACACACAUGCACUCCCUCUCUCAGUCAAACACGCGCCUUACCUCUGCGGAGUCAGCCUACAACCCCCUGCGCUCUCAAGUGCAAACAAACUACACCUCGCUAAAUUAGCUUUGCAAAUCGCCUUUUCUCUGCCAGGGGAUCACCAGUGUCACAGGCUGUGAACCAACGUGGAACCGGCUCCCGAACAGGUUUUUCCUCAGUUUCUUUCUCUCUUUCUGUGUCAUUUGCUCUUCCUCUCCCUCCCAUCAUUACCUCUCUCCUCAGGUAGUUGAUGCUGUCACCCAAUCCAACUGCCGGCGACUCCCAGCCCUCACAGUGACUCAACGUGCGACUCACGGAGCAAAGAGGAGAUGACAUCAUCGACUGGCUGGCUGGCAAACAGCCACCAGAGAACCUCAGGCUUCACCUGACUGCCUUGGGCCUCCUGUUCUCUGACCUCGCCUGGUUAAUCUGUCAGUGUAAAGGAAGGACCCUUUUCACACCUGCGGAGAGCUCCUCACUGAAGCACUGGACUGGGAAAGCCUUUGAGGACAAGGCGACAGCGGCAUUGGGGUCGGAUACAGAGCGGCUUCAUCUGAAAGGAUUGAGUGUGGUGAAGGGAAGAGGUUCAAGCCGACUUGAUUAUCCUGAAGAACUAUCUUAUUUUUGACAGUUGGAGUUCUUCUCUGGCUCUCGUGUUUACGGAAGGCGCCGUCUCCAGAGACUCCAUUUUUGUGUCGGGGUUGCAGCACCAUGAUCUUCCCUAGCUGUUGAACAAGCCUUAUCAUGUCACAAAGGAUCCUAUCGGCUUUACAAGCAGCAGUCAGAGCGUAGCUUUUCCAAGCUGCCUGUUUGUGUGGGUGUCAAAAGAGUCUGGUUGUUACGCCAAAAGAAAGUUGAAGACGAGAUGCUCUUAGGAUUUACCUCUUUGUGAGAGCCAAACAUUGAUCGACAGACGAUUGGAGCAGGAAAUAAAGACAAAUACGUCCACAAACACAACAAAGCUUGCCAAGAUGCCACUAAGGACCACUUUUCGGAAGCAGUAUUCAGGGAGGUGGAGAUUGAACUCAAAGCACCGGGAGGUGUUGUCCGUCAACAUGAUCAGCCUACCCUUGGCCGAUUUCCGGCACGUCUCCCACAUUGGAAACAACGCCCACACGGACAGCUUUGGGGACCUUUCCUUCUUAAAAAAGGGCCACAGCCUCCUCUUAAAAAGCUCUCAAAGUGAGCAGAACCUCUUUCUGGCCUGCUCGCCGCCCCCCAAGCCCCCUCGCCUCAACCUGGACGAGGAGGCUCCUGGGAACCCGGGGUGGGACGGGGCACGCCAUGCCCCGCAGAAGAGGAAGAAGUGCAGCUCUCUGCCCCUGCUGGACACCGAGGAGAUGGAGGAGGAGAUGGACGGCAUGAUGGAGUACCAGCACAGGGCCUCCAACCUGAGGCACAGUCCCAGCCGAGGCAGCCUGAGCUCAGAGCGCGACAGGGACUCCAGCGCCACCUGUUCGGAGGAUGUGGCCAGUCAGCUGAAGGAGGAGGAUAGCAGCCUCUCCUUCAGCCUGGAUCUUGGUCCUUCUAUCCUUGAUGAUGUUCUCCGGGUGAUGGAGAAUCUGCACCAUUGAUGGAGAGGACUAUUUCUUUAAUGUAUUUGUCCUAUCAGUGUGAUUCGAUGUCGCUGUACAAACUGAAUGUAUCUAUCGAAUAUUUUGGGAUAAUGUCAGAUUCUAAUAAUGGAAUGGUUUUUUUUUCCGAAUUUCAAGGUAAAGGACUUUAUGAACAAAAAGUCCACCGCACAGAAGUCGCUCUGGUUCUGGUAUAGAGUUUUGCCCUUCCAGAGCAGACUGUGGACAAUUUAUGUUACCCUAGGAUGAAUAAACCACAUGUUACAUGGCUGCAGCUUAGUGUAUGUGAAGCAAGCGUGCAAAGAAAAAACAUUAACUUUAACGCAAGAAAUGGUGCAAAAGAAUGCAUACUUGUGGACCAACAACAUUGGUGGAACUAGUGUGAUCUUGUAUCGUAAAACCUAUAAUAAUCACCGGUUGUGAGAUUCGACUAGGUGCAACUGCCAAAUGCACAUCAGGUGUGGGGUUUCCCCGGGGGGGGGAGGGUCCAAGGGCCAGGCCCAGGCAGCAGAAACAAGUCUACACAAAACAGAGUCUGCGGUCUAUUUGUUGUCGUUGUCUGUGAUCCUUAGAAUUGUUCAAACAUAAACCCAAUCACCCGUGGAGACGUGAGCUCAAACAAAUAAUAAAAAGUUAAUGUUCUUCUAACAUAACCCGCUACGGCGGAAGAGGCUGUUAAUAGGUGAGCUCCUUUAUUCAUCACCUCCAGCCCGUCUGCACAGAUCCAAGGGGAUUGUUGUGACUCCAGGCUGUCAUUUUUAGGUAACCCUAGGAAGCAUGCGGACGGAAUGCGAGGCCCACGAGUGAUGUCUUUUUCUCUCGGCGUCCUUGCCAUUCCAACGUGUGCCUGGGGCAAUUACUCCUCUGCACGCACCCCAGAGGCCCCACUCAAAGGUAGACCAAGGUACCCCCCCCCCCAGUUUCCAACCUCAACAACACAGUGAAAACAAACAUUUACCUCUGCUUCCAAUAAAAGGCAGCUGCUGGUGGCAGCUCGGGCCUCAACCCAAACCAGGCCUCAGGCCCAAGACCUGAGGCAAAAAGAAAAAUAUCAAGAAGGCUGUUUUCUUAGCUGUGAGUCGGUGUCCCAUGCACUUGUGAGUGGCACGAGAGAGGGAAAGUGGUAAGGGGUAAUGCGAUACUUCCACAUGUGCAGGGGGCCGUGGUGGGAGGGAGACCAGAGACAUCCAUUGCUACAAGCAGGAUCUCUGAUGAGGGAUUAAACACUACCUGCUGAACAAACACCACCAAAAUAAAAAAAGGAUGGAUUCACGCACGCACAUGUGAAAGGACGGGCAUUCAGAGGCCCUUUUGCCUCAUAGACACCCGACGUGCAGACUUUUCAGUCGAUUCAGGUGCAGAAUCGGCCAGACCCUUAGCACAGACAGUGAUGGAGACUGUUCCCGAGGAGCUGUCACGACAGCCGCAUGCAUUGUUAGUUCCCUCCUGGGGUCUUGUCGAAAGACCCACCCCCAGUGGUGCGCCCCCCUGAUGGAGGUCAAGUGACAGACUUGGAUUUGAUGCAAAACCCAAUGGACACACUUGUUGGUGUGUUUGUACUUUACAUCUCUCUAUCGCUCCAUGAACCGAAUUCUGCUCGUUGUACUUUUUUCUUUUACCCAUAACCCGUUGGGAACAUUCCUGCAUUUGAAUCUGUACCACUUUUAUAUUUUUGAAAAUAAAGAAAACAAUCUUUUGAAUUCCAA